AUGGAUUCUGGUCACUGUGGCAUUAAAGAUAGUGAGCUUGCUGACACACUUGCUAAGAAGGGGACGGCAUGGUGGACCGGGGUCUUCCCACACAAUGAAGGCCUUAAUCAGAAAAGAAUUCCCGACCUCAAUAAUGAAGGCCUUAAUCAGGAGAGAAUUCCAGACCAUACCAACGAACUCAAAGCUCGAACAAAGGAGAAACAGUGGACAGUGGAAACAAAGGGGAAACAGUGGACAGUGGCACUCUCCGACAUAGCCGACUGGCUAAGAAUCGAAGCCGUUGCUGAGCCGUUGAUGAGUUUAGACUACGUACCGAACACGAUUGCCUAUAAACACCUUCACAGAUUGGGAGUAUACACUCAACUCACAUGUACACAUCUUCACAGAUUGGGAGUAUACACUCAACCCACAUGCUCCUAUGUAACCUACAGGAGGAAAUGGAGAAGACCCAUCUGGUUCGGUGUCCAGCCCAGAAGACAGCGACGGAAAGCCAGAGAUACUGGGAAGCAAGAAGACGGCUAA